AUUAAAUUGAAUUCGUGCAAUGUAAAUUCAAUGAAGAGCGAAAUUACAUGAAAUCAUUUUGAUCUAUGACCAUAGCUGAUAUAUUUACUAGUAAAGAAUAUGGAAUAAAUAAAAAUGUUUGUAAAAGACCCUUGUGGGAUUGUGUGUAUCAUAAUUACGUAUGUUGCUCUCUUCUAUGCAGAUUACGUCGUCGUACGUUGGGUUAUUCUGCAUAGUUUACAAGACAGUUUAUGGGGACCCUUUCAUGUUGUGACUUUCAACACCGUUGUAUUAUUAUUGGUAAUGUCACAUUUGAAGGCAAUCUGCAGUGAUCCUGGUGUUGUACCACUACUUCAAAGUCGUAUGGAUUUUUCUGAUAUUCAUACAGAUAAUACAGAAACAAAAAUUGAAUGUGAUGAAAGAGACAGAUGGACUGUUUGUACUAGAUGUGAAACAUAUAGGCCUCCUAAAGCAUAUCACUGUAGAAUUUGUAAACGAUGUGUUAGGAAAAUGGAUCAUCACUGUCCAUGGAUAAACAACUGUGUUGGAGAACGAAACCAAAUGUAUUUUAUUCAAUUCCUGGUCUAUGUUGGAAUAUUGGCCCUGUAUGCAUUAGGUUUGGUGAUAACCUCAUGGAUUUUAGAAUGUUCCAUAUGCAGUAAUGACAUAGCUGUCAAACAGAGUCGCAUCUUACACUGCGUUAUAUUGGUAUUGGAAUCAGCACUGUUUGGCAUGUUUGUCAUCAUAAUGCUGGUAGACCAAUUUCAAGGUAUCCUGGAAGAAGAAAACAUAAUGGAACAUAUGCAGAAUAAUCACCAUUAUAAAAGAAACAGUUCACGUACUUUGGUAUUACUUUCUCAGGUUUGUGGUAAGAGUCAUCCAAUUUUAUGGAUGUUUCCUUGCCAAAACCCACCACGUUAUACUUUCCGAAAAGAUGCGUACCUGAUAGAUCAUGAAGUUUAAAUGAAUACUUGAUCACAUAUUGAGGAGUGAAU